AUGAGUUACAAAAGUUCCACCUCAGAUGAUACUGCGAGAAAGGCAAAAUCAAAGGAAGGAAAAUCAAUGAUAGCACCACUUGCGGCUACCACAAAGCUAACUUCCCCAGCGGCGGACAACACACAGAGCUGUCGAUAUAGCGCCCCUGUCAAAAUGCUCGAUCGCAGCUCAUCAACUAGGUCAGAUAAAACGCUGUCCAGCAUCGCGAAAGUAAAGAAUAAAAAGGACAACGGUUUGCCAGUGACAUGGCGAAAAGAUCUGUAUGGUGCAAAGCCCGGAUCUGCCCAAGCAAGGUUAGAAAACCUUCGCGCAACUCUGGAAAAAGAAAUCGAAGAAAAAGCAAUAUCCAAAGCUGCCUCAAGCAUACCAGCUAAGCGCUUUAAAGAUGGGAAAAGUCCUCCAAAUGAAAAGGUAGCCAAAACUUCUGGUGCCAGCCAGUGUAGCUCGGGUGCUGUAAAAACUACCAGUCCUGCAACUUUAAAUCACACUGACGUUGAUCCUGAAGUUACAAAUGCACGGCAAUCAGGCACCACUCCAGCAGCUACCGUAAAAGAAAAAUUCGGCAAUAGUUAUGAAAUGGAUGUGGAUGGUGUAGAAACCAAUAAUCCGAAGCUUCAGUUCUCUUUUUCUCCAGCAGUGCAGACAAGUAGUAGUAUUGGUCAACAUAAUGCACCUGCUAAAAUUGCUCAACCUCCCAACCGCAGCUUAUCGAACAGGCCGGAUAAAACGCUUUCCACUAUCGUAAAAGUAAAACACAAAAAGGACAAUGGUUUGCCGAUGGCAUGGCGAAAGGAGCUGUAUGGUACAAAACCCGGAUCGGCUCAGGCGAGAUUAGAAAACUUACGUGCAGCUUUGCAAAAAGAGGUAGAAGAGAAAAAUAUAUCCAAAGCCGCCUCGAGCAUACCAAUUAAGCGCCCUGCGGAACGGAAAAGUCCAUUAGGAGAAAAAGUAAUAUUACCUCCUAGCGCUAGCCAGGCUAGCUCGGCCUCUGUCAGUACCUUAACAGCUAGCAGUGCUGUUCCGGAAGCGGCAAUCGUAAAGCACUCCGCUGCUGAUCCUAAAGUUUCGGUUGUGCAACAAACUAGCGUUGCUCCAGCUACUUCCAACAGAAUAGAUAAACUCGAAGAUAGCUUUGACAUGGAUGUGGAUGAAACGAACAGUCCGGAGCCGGAGAAUUCUUUUCCUCCAGCAGUGCAGACUAGUUCGAAAUGCAUGGAAUUUGACAGCUUGUUGGAUUCAAAAAUGAGUGAUGCAAACGUAAACGAUUUUACAAAAAUAGCCGAAGUGGUAAAACAGGACACUAUGAAGAGCAACACGUCAGAGGAAGCGAAUGACGAUUCGCACAGAAUUGCAUCCGAUUUGAAGACCAAGUACAAAGAUGGACUGUCUGCGUUUUCAAGCUACUUUUAUUGUGUAAUUGACACCAACAUCUUUAUCGAAUAUUACAACGAUUUUCAGAAUUUCCUGUCAAGAAAAUACUCGGGAAGUCAACCGAUCGUAGUCGUACCGUACAAGGUGCUGCACGAAUUGGACAUCGUGAAGCAUAAAAAGCCGCAAUUGGGGCCAAAAAUUACACCGGUAGUAAAAUUUCUCCAUCAAAUGCUACGCGCCAAGGACGCUCGAGUGAAGGGACAGCAUCCGUGGGACGAUACAAUCGAGCUAAUGCCAGUGCACUCGCCGGACGAUUCGAUCAUAAACUGUGCAUUGCAGGUACAAUCGGUAGCCGCUAGUGAUAAUGUUAAGGUAGUGUUAGUAUCAAAUGAUUGCAAUAUGCUAACGAAAGCGUUGGUAGCAACUUUAAACUCCUGUACAAUGGAAGAACUUCAAGCGGAUUAUAAAUUCUGA